AUGGGAAAUUCUGGCAGUACAAAUAUUCCUGGUGGUGGUAGCGAAGGGUAUCAUGUAUUGCGAGUGCAAGACAAUUCACCUGGACAAGCUGCUGGACUAGAGCCAUUUUUCGAUUUUAUUGUUUGUAUUGGGAACACACGGCUGGAUUCAGAUAAUGACACUUUAAAGGACAUCUUAAAGCAGCAUGUGGAGCGAUCGUUAGAACUGACUGUUUAUAAUAGCAAAACUCAAACAGUUCGACAGACACAAAUUACACCAUCACAAAUGUGGGGUGGGCAAGGAUUACUCGGCAUUUCAAUUCGGUUCUGCUCGUUUGAAGGAGCGCGCGAAAAUGUUUGGCAUGUUGUGCAAGUCCAGCCCAAUUCACCGGCAGAAAUUGCUGGCUUACAAUCUAAUUUGGACUAUAUACUUGGAGCAGAGUCUGUCCUGAAUCAGGCCGAUGAUCUUAUUGCUCAUUUACAAGCUAACGAGGGAAAACCUAUAAAAUUAUACGUCUAUAAUACGGAGAGUGAUUCUGUACGAGAGGUCUCGCUUACGCCCAAUUCGGCUUGGGGUGGUGAAGGAUGCUUGGGAUGUGAUAUUGGUUAUGGUUAUCUGCAUCGCAUACCGGGCGAUCGACGAGGUCCACUGAAGGGCGAAGAAAUUGCUGCGAUGCUUAAACAACAGUUAAAUGGUACGGAUUCGUCGGAUGCUGCGCCACUAAUGAAUGCUGAUAAUCCAAUCCAUUUAGGACCUUCUGCUACCUCCAAUAACGCUAUCAAUAUCCCUCAGCCAGGCAGCACAGGCAUUCCGCAAAUUGAUACAAUACAACCUAUUACAAAAUUCCCUGAUCCAAAUUCAUUCAUGCCACCUAUUCUGAGACAGCCAUCAGCGUCUGAUUCAACGAUAGCUAGCGUGGCUGGAAUAGGUGGAUCUUAUUCAAACGAAGUGUGUUCUGCGGGAUUUUCAGCACCUACGCAGUCCAUCAUGGAACAAUCAUUAACCACCAGUAGUACAAAAAUGAGCGUGAUAGCACCGCAUUCAACCGCAUUUCCGACCCUUGAGUUAUCGACGUCUUCUGGAAUAACUGAACAACCCUUCUCUGCUCAAAGUAGUGGUAUAAAUUAUGCAAGUGCAAGUCAAGAAGUUCAGCAGCAACGGCAAAAUUUCAUUGGAGAUUCAAUGAAUACUGGGCAGUAUGAUAAAACACCGUCAUCCGUGUAUCAACAGUCGUAUUAUCCGUCACAGCAGCAGCAUUAUAUGCAUGAUCCACAAUAUCCAUCACAGCCUCCUGUUUAUAACCAUCCGUCUUCGUCUCCCCACUCAACGAUAACGGGUAUAGUGCCUCAGAUGUUUUCAAAUUUACCGCGCCAACAGCAACAACAGGGAACAUGCGGAAUCCCACCGUUACCUCCACAAAUAUCCCCAUCUCCUCCGGCUCCAUUUACAAGUUCUGCGCAGUUUUCGGGUUUAACUUUCCCAAUGCCCCCAUUAAGUACUAUGGGUAUUACAAAUCUAGCGCCCCCACCAAUCACAAUAUCUUUUGGUUUACCGACGUCAUCUACGCCACCAUUUGGGCAACAGCAGCAUAUGAGCACUUAUUCCGGGGGGACCCCGACAUUAUCAGCUUUCCAGAUGGCUGGAAAUAGUCAAUUCGGUUUACCACCACAAGUGCCAACAACGUAUUCUCAAUAA